CAAGAUGGCGCGUUACCGAUUUCCAGGUCGACCCGGUCACAAAUUUGGCCGAUCAGGAGCCGUUUUCUCUGUUGAAGAUGCCCAAAAUUUCAAGGAUCCGACCUCUGUUUAUGCAAGUGGUAUUCUGCGCGGUCUGAAGAAAUUUCGUGACCUUGUUGGUGACUCAGAUGACGAGGAAGAGUUUGUUGGGUUUUCUGCCGAAGAAGUUGGAAUUCGGGCUUACCGCCGCACCUCAAGGCGCCAUGCCGAAAUCCCUAGCAUUCCUAUUACCUCAGAAACUCUUAAAAAGGGGUCAAUAACAACCAGACUUUCACAUGCCAGACAGAGCCUUGAAGCAUUGCCAGCAUCGGAACGAACUCGGGGACGAUUGAAAACAUUGAUCAGAAAAUCGUACAAGGACUUGAAAAGGGAAGAACUCACUGAGUUCAGAACGACUACGCACAUUAUUAAACGGGUGAAGGACCUUAAUGAUCAUGUUGUGGUUAGAAAGUCUCCACCGAAGUUGAGUCUGACUCCUGAGAUGCAGAAGGGUGUGCUGUUUAAUAAAAAAGAAACAAAAUCUGGUGAUCAGUCUCCUAAAAUUUCCCUGUCUCCUGAACCUCCAAGAUUUGUGAUUGGUAAAAAAGUGAAGAGGCUUGCGGAUUUGCCACCUUUGAAAAAACUGAAAAUACGACUUGCAAACGAUGGCAAAGAAGCUAAAAUCGUACGAGGGCGUGGUCGGCCGUCGAUAUAUGAAAAGGUGCUCUCGGAGAGUGGGAAUGAAUUUAUUAUGCGCCAUCGUGGUCCGGGGCGGCCUCGUAAGUAUGAAAGAUCAAUAUCAGAGUCAAGCUCAUGUGAUGGAUCUGAGCGUACACGGUUGUCAUUGAAUGAGAAGAGGCUGAACAAACUUGAAAGAGAUCUAGAGCUAAGAACCCUGGGUAAAGGCAAAAGGGGAAAGCUGCGGCCUGUGAGGGUUAUCCCUCCAAUGAAAAAAGUAGAUACUAAUGUCGCUAAGCAACUACUGCAAAAGGCCAAGCGCGGUAGACCGCGUAAAUAUCCUCUGGAGUUGAAAAGUCCUAAAAUAAGCCCAGAAUUUAAAGAGAAGUCAAAACACAGAUUCCAACGUAGUAGUAAAUUGAAUGGGAAAGCUAAGAAACAGCUAAGCAGUGUGCUGCAAAACACAGACUGUAUAAGGGUGCCAAGGGGUAGGGGGAGGCCGAGGAAGAUACCAAUUUCUCAGCCUUGCUCACCCGAGGUUUCAUCAGUGUCCUCGAACAGUGAAAGAAAUUCUCCCUUCAAUACCUUACCUAAGAAUGUGCCUCGUAAAUUUGUCUUGCCGACAGUCAGCGCAAGAUCGUCACGGGUUAUUAAACCGAGUAAGCGGUUUUUAAAUGAGGAGAUUAUAUCUAGUAUGAAACCGAAGCUGCCACGGCUUGACUCAACCCCUGAUAUAAGGUCUGCUGUGAGUCUCGCCUCGGAGGAAGCAAAGCCGCUGGAAGUAAUUUCAGUUGAUGAUGAAGUCAGUUUGUCAAAGAAAAGAACAAACUCGGGCAGGACUGAAAAAAAAAGUAAGGCGUCAAUCUCUCCACCAUUGUGUUUGAAAAGUAGGACAAAACAGUCUAAAGUAAUGGAGAUGGCUUCUAGAUUGACUAAAAAAGCGAAAAAGGCUUGCGCGAGAAGGUCAGCUCCGGGAAAACAAAUUGAGAAAGUAGAAAUAGUAAGACUGCCGGAAGGUGGAAAUGACGGAAUACAAGUCGUAGACGCUGAUGUCAAGGAAAAUCUAGCACAAGCAGAAGAAAGUAUUGCUAGUUCUCAGGAAACUGAUGUUAGUGAUCUUCAUUUCUCUGCCCCUGCAGUAAAGAUCGAAGUAAAAGACAACUCAGGUGCUUCACCUAUUGUGCCUGAACGCAGGUCAAAGCGAAAAGUGUUUCUGAAAUCGUCAGUUGCUAAGUUACUCGGACACGACCGCAAGCGUUUUAAUCGGCCCAAAGAGGAGACCACACAAGGUAACAAUAUUGAUUUGACAUCGUCUGUGGUUGCUAUGGAGAUGGACGAUGAAGUGGACAAAGACAAUGAGAUUUGUACAAUUUUCAGCCAAGAGAAAGUCAAAACAGUUGUUCGGAGGCCAAAUGAGCUCAUUAAGAAGGCUAAGCAACAGAUACAUAAAGCGUCAUUAAGUAAAUCAUUAAAGAAAGUGAAAUCCAUCAAAAAGGAAAAACUUGCCGAACUAAACCAAAAGUUGGAAGAGGAACAGAAACGAGUAAACAGUCCUGUGGAUUUAAAAUCAUUUCCUGUUGUGAAUCUGGAAACGAUGAAUGAGAACCAUGAAUUCCAGGUCUUGGAAGCAGAAAAAGGGAAUGAGGAAGCUCUCUCACUUGGUAAAGGUUCAUCCAAAGCACUAGAUAUAGAAAACAAGAAGCCGUCCAUGAGUGCAGAAGAGGUAGACUCUUCAGACAAGGACAGUAUUACAAGCAGUGCUUCUGGUCGAGGUCCUCGUAUCAAGCACGUCUGUCGUCGAGCUGCAGUUGCCUUAGGCCAACCACGGGCGACGUAUGAGGAAAUGGACCAUGAGGUACGACUCAGCGCUCUUCCAGAAAGAGAAAAAGAAAAACUGCUCAUAAAAAAAGAUGAAAAAAAAUUAGAGGAAGCUGCAGAUGAAACACCGAACAUGACGCAAGGAUCUCCAAAGAAAGAAGGCGGUGACAGUUGUCAGAAGAAAAAACCAUCAGUUCGAUUUCGUAGCAAAAAACGUUGUAUGAAAUGCGAAGGAUGUCUCAAUGAUGUCGACUGUCGAAAGUGUGAAUUUUGUCGGGACAAAACGAAAUAUGGAGGGCCGAACAUCAAGCGACAGUGCUGCAUUGAGAAAAAAUGCAAGAAUCCUGUUCGGUUGGAAACGACUGGUGAUAAAGCUGCAGCUCCACGGAGAAGGGACAAACCGCCACCGAGAAUAAAAAAGAAGAAAGAGGAAAGACCCAAGCCUAUGCCGCUAACUGUCGCCGUGCCUGGCAGUGGUGUUGCGAUUCGACCAAAGACUGUUCCAGUCACAGAAGACGGUAGCCUAAUUAAAAUUGAGUUCAAGCCUGAAGACUAUCAAGUCUCCAGUAUAUGGGAUUAUGGGAUGCCGCUGAUAUCAACCAUGCCUAUGGUAACCAGGACAGUGUGUUUUCUGUGUGCUAGUACUGGACAGCAGGAGUUAGUUUAUUGUAACGUGUGCUGUGAACCAUUCCAUGAAUUCUGUUUAGAAGAAGAUGAGAAGCCCCUAGACGACAACACCGACAUUUGGUGCUGUAAACGAUGUAAAUUUUGCCACGUGUGCGGCAGACAACAAAACUUAUUGCAGUGUGAUAAAUGUCAUAAUACCUAUCACGCCGAGUGCCUUGGUCCAAAUUACCCGACAAAACCCACCAAAAAGAAGAAAGUUUGGAUUUGUACAAAGUGUGUACGUUGUAAAAGUUGCGGUGCUACUACUCCUGGACAGUCGUCCAGCGCACAAUGGUCACAUGACUUCUCGCUUUGCCAAGAUUGCGGGAAACUUUUUGACAUAGGUAACUACUGCCCUCUAUGUCAACAAUGUUAUACAGACGACGACUACGAUUCCAAAAUGAUGCAGUGUCCGUGCUGUGAAAGCUGGGUGCACGCUAAAUGUGAAGGACUUACAGAUGAAAUGUACCAGAUUAUGUGCGAAUUCCCCGAAGACAUCCACUAUACAUGCUCUAAAUGCCAGCCUGAACGGUCGGCACAGUGGCAGACGGAUAUCCAUGAAGAAAUGCAAGCGGGAUUUCAGCUAGUCUUAGGGAUUCUACUGGAGACAAAAAGUGUGGAACAUCUACUUAGGAAGCGAGACAAGAAGGAAGAUCCUCCAAAGGAAUUAGCAAAAUCUGUCGACCAAUCAGAGCAGGGAACAUCACCAACUUUAACAACCUGUACGGAAAAAACAAGUGAAAUGAACACGGUACAUGACGACCAAAAAACAAACAGUGUUGAACCUAUGGAGAUUGGCAAUGAACCUGUUUUAAACACGAUUCAGAAUGUGGAUCCAAAAACCAAUCAGAGUGAAGAAAGUUUGUCACCUGCCAAUCAGAUGGAGUCAUCACUUGAACCUACCAAUCAGGAACUGCCAAAGGAUGAGGGUGUUAUAAACAAUCAGCAAGAAAGCUCGGAUAAUUUACUGACUCCACCGAAACAGCAAGAACAGAGUGACAAAGAGAUUGCGAGUGUGUCUCCAAAAGAGCCCAAUGAUGAAAUUAAACCCCCAGACACAAUUUCUGAUCUUUUAUUUGCAAAGACUGAUGUAUUGACUGCAAAAUCCGGUUGUCUGGAGACCUCACCUGUGCCUGUACAUGUACCGGAUAAGAAUAAAGUUGUGUUAGUAGUUCCGGAUUCACCAAAAGUACCAAAAAAGGACCAUGCGCCGGAUUUAAUGUGCGUCAAUGAAAGAAUGGAGGCAGGAAAGUUUAACUCAGUGACACACUUUUGUGACGAAAUCGUUAGGAUUAUCCAGGAAUCAAUUUCUAAUGAGACUGACGAGAACAUGGUGAUUAAAAAAGGAAACAGGGUUGCAAAAAAUGUAUUUAUAAAGCAAAUGGAGAAAGUCUUCCCGUGGUUCAACGUGCAUACGUCAACGUUCUGGGAUCACAACAAGAACCUUCCCGAUGGAAUGUUGCCAAAUGCUACAUUACCGCCGCAUCGAGAUCACGAAUAUGCUCAGUGGAGGGAGAAAUAUAUGACACCACAAACACCGCAACCAUCACCGCUAAAGAAACUGCCGCCAACACCGAAAAAAAUAGAUGAAGAGGGAGGGAUUGACGAUAUUCCAAUGGAUAUCAAUAUUGAGGAUCCACGAAGGUGCUGUUUGUGUGGACAUUUUGGAGAUGAUGUACCUAAUGACGCUGGUCGUUUGUUGUACUGUGGGCAGGAUGAGUGGAUUCAUAUCAAUUGUGCAUUGUGGUCUGCUGAAGUGUUUGAAGAAGUUGACGGCUCUCUGAUCAAUGUUCACUCUGCUGUUACAAGAGGAAGACAAAUGCGUUGCGAGAGAUGUCAUCGGUUUGGUGCUACUGUUGGUUGUUGUAUGCGAGGUUGCCCCGGCAACUAUCACUUCAUGUGUGCCCGCAACGAGAACGCUGUGUUCCAGGAAGACAAGAAAGUGUUUUGUAGAAAUCAUAAAAACAAAGUGGACCAUGAGCUUGUUGAAGACGAUAACUUUGCUGUGAUCAGAAGAGUAUGUGUCAACAUGGAGGGAAUGAAACUGAAGAAGGAACUUAUAAAGGGAUGGGAUCCAAGGACCAUCAAUGUCUUGACUGGUGCUAUGACAGUUGAAUACCUUGGUUUCCUAUCGAAUAUAUCAGAUCAGAAAGAGGCCUUGUUUCCAAUUGAUUUCAAAGUAACGCGUGUUUACUGGAGCACAGUCGAUGCACGAAGAAGAUGUAUUUACACAAUUACUAUCAAAGAGUACCGUCCAAUUUCUCCGACACAACCAACGAAAGACUUAAACAGAACUGUUGUACACAACACUACAUUGUCAAGUGGUGAUGAGGAUAUUAACUACACUAUCUUACAUGGUGAAAACAAUGAUUUAUCGUCAAGUAAUUUGAACAAUGGAACAAACAUAUCUGGUCAAACCAAUGCUGGUCGUUCAUGCAUUUCUCAGGACUCUAACAUAUUACAGAAGGAUACUGUAACUAUUAUUGAAGAACCCAAUACGGAGGUUUUGAAUAACUCUUCAUCAAUUUCAAGUUCAGCUCUAGAAUGUCUAGCACCAAACACUCUGAAGUUGCUUCCUUCUUCAACCCUUGAUACUGCCAAAGCACCUGUAGAUUUGACUGCGUCACCAUUCACUGCGUCACCUAGACGUCUAGGUAUGAUGGUGGACCGGCUUAAUGCGGGAGCUGCCUCUGCUAAACGUAGAAGUGCUAGGGAACUUGCUUUUAAUGCGGAAACCAAUAGUUACGAACCUUGCUUGGUAGAAACAGCUGCUGACAUUGUCUCAGUAGUAGAAGAAGAGGAUGUUACAAAGGAAUCAUUGGAAGAAUCAAGUGGGAGUCGGUCAAAUGUUCCUUCAGUUGUUGCUUCCGAUGACGUCUCUGAACUUGUUCUUGACCUACAGGAUUCUGAUCUUCCAUUAUCAGAUGCUGCCAUGGAGAUGAUUGCCAUGGAAACAGAUGAUAUGUCGAGUACCUUGAUUUGUGCAGGUUCUUGUGUAUCUAGUUCCAGUUCUACACUAACAGCAACUGAGGAGGUCCCUGCUAUAGAGGUAUCAGUAAUUGAUGAAGAGCUUCAGGAAAUAGAAGAACAUAGUUUGGUCACGGAAGAAGAGAAAACAUCAGCUCUUGAGCAUGAAACAAUAACAAGUCUUGCUGAAAAGUCAGCAGCCGUUCUUCAAGAUGGAAUGAUCAGUGACGAGGUUAGAGCACUUGUGGAGGAAGCCAUUGCUUCUGCUGGUAGUUGUUUGAUAGAAACUGAUCCCAGUUGUAAAACGAACUAUACAACACCCAGCAUACCAGUGGAAAGUACUCAAAGUGAAACAGCAGGGCAAAUGUCAAUUGCAGACCUUGUUGAUAAGGUGGUAGAAGAAUCACUUUUUGCAGCAACAUCUGCAAAAGACACUGCAUCAUCAGCUGAACCAGUAGCGAAAAUGUCCACAGACCCUGUUUCACAUGUUUUAAUGCACCAUACAACACAGUGUUUGACUGAUCCUGCUGAAAGACCAGCAUUAAAUUCUGUUACAGAUUCCUCAAACAACACAUCUGUAACUGCAUCAAUAGAUAUAACAGAAGCCAAACUAAAAUCCAUUACAAAUACAGUCCCAGAAAUUAUACCAGUGUCGGAGACAGAAACCACAUCAGAACAACCACCAGAACCAACUUUGAAGCUCAUGGCAGAUCGUAAUAUGAUAUCUGCAGCAGAAUUAGAAACUUCAUUGGAACCCAUCAAUAAAUCUAAGAAAUCACAUGUUACUGGACUGCUGUCAGGACCUGUCUUAGCACCUACAGCAGAACCUGUUGUAGAAUCUUCAUCAGAGAAUGUUGCCAAAGCUGUGUCACAAAAGGUCACAGAUGCUUUGUUAGAACCUGUUGCAGAACCUGUCACAGAAGCUUUGUUACAUCCUGUUGCAGAACCUGUCACAGAAGCUUUGUUGGAACCUGUUGCAGAACCUGUCACAGAAGCUUUGUUGGAACCUGUUGCAGAACCCGUCACAGAAGCUUUGUUAGAACCAGUUGCAGAACCUGUCACAAAAGCUUUGUUGGAGCCUGUUGCAGAACCUGUCACAGAAGCUUUAUUACAUCCUGUUGCGGAACCUGUCACAGAACCUGUUGUCGGAGCUUUGUUAGCACCUAUCAGAAAACUUAUGUCAGAACCUGAUGCAGAGGCUUUGUUACCAUCUGUUGCAGGGCCUAGCUCAGAACAAAUUACAGAACCUAUAGCAGAAGUUGUGUUAGAACCUGUUGUAGUAUCUAAGUCAGAACCUAUCACAGAAGCUACCAGUUGCUUAAAUCCUACCACAGAAGCUGUGUCAGAACCUGUCACAGAACAAAACACAGUGGUAGAAAUAUCACUGAAAACUGUCACAGAGGCAACAUUAGAUUCUCUGCCUGAAACUUUGUCUUCAGCUAAUUCAAACUCUGUCACAGCAUCCCUGCAAGACUCUGUUUUAGAACUCCAAAAGAAGAGCAGCAUUCCAACAGAAAUAUCAAAAUUUCCAAAGGCUGAUGUCAGUAUCAUGCAAAGACUUGAUUCAGAUUCUAACAUUGGUGAUCAUUUCAUGGAAUCAGGUUUGAAAAAAAGAAAAAAUAGUGACAGUAAUGUAGAAGAGAAGCAGAUAGCCGAGGAGAACUCAUCUGUGGACCAUGAUGAUAAUUUGAUUGAUGGCUCUCAGGUUCAAAAAAUUCAAACUGUUUCCAAUGUUAUAAUUCCCAUGGAAACAACACAGACUACUGAUGCAGUAGAGAAAGUUGAGGAAGAAUCACAUGCUUUAGGUUUGAACAAAGAGACGUUGGCUGAAGACAGUUUUUCUUCUCCAAAAGAUGACUUGGAUAAGAAGGAAGAUAGGAGCCAUCAGAAUGAAGUUAAUGAAGAGACUCAUUAUUUGCACACCCCGUCAUACUUGUGCCAUCGCUGUGGUAAGCCAUACAGAUCUCAAAAACCAUAUUUAAAACAUAUGAAAAUAUGUGUGGAGAUGAAUGAUGACUCUGAUAAUGAUGAAAAGUUUCAGAAAGACUUGGAUGUAAUCGAUGUUAGUGUUGAAGGAAGAAAAAGGUACCCUAUGAGGAGCACAAAGACAAGGUUGCUGCGGAUUGUGGAAUUUGGUUCCCCAACAGUGCCAUUGAAGUCUCCAACCAAGGAUGAGGUGACUUCUCCCACAAGAAAGAGAUUAAAGAGUGGAGGUAGCAGCACAGAUGAGAGUGAGCCACAGAAGGAGUGUGUUGCCAGGAGUCAAGAAUCUCAUUCAGAGGCUUGCACAUCACUAAAUGCUAAGGAUGUUUCAGCAGUUGGUAUGUCUGCAUUAGAUGAGUGUAAAUCUGGAAAAGUAGAUUGCAAGGUUUCCACAGAUGAUGCCAAAUUAAUAUCUAAAACAGCUCUAGUACAGGGUGUUGAUCAGCAUCUUUCUGAGGUAGAUAACAAACAGAAUAAAACAGAAAAGGAAGAAAGCACCACCAUAACCCCAAGGAGGAGAAGGACACGUAGUAGUAGCAUCUGUGAGGACAACACAAAAAUGAUUAGAGAUGUUAAUUCUAGAUUCAGGAGAAGAUCAUUUGAAAACAGCGAGUUAAGGUUGUCGAAAGUGACCAGCCCAACAUCUGACAGUGUGUUUUACACCAAGGAUUUGGCAAAGAUAGCAUCAAUAAAAGAGCUUAAUCCAUUUGUUAUGUUGAAUAAAUGUGAUGAGGAAACACCAGGAAACUGUAAAUCAUCUGCAGACAUUUCAGUUGAAUCGAUUGAACAAGAUGCACAAGUUGAGGAAAAGAGCAAUAUUCAUGAAGCAGUUGGGAAGCUUGGAAAAUUGACCUCUUCAGAAUUUGUGAAAGCUGUGGAAGGUACACAUGACAAACCACCAUUGAUCACACCAAUGAAGACAUCAGGAGAACCUGAAUUGCUGACUGCGGUUGAGCAUCCGGAAAGCAGCAUCCCAAAAACAUCAUCUAUUUUGAGCAGCUUUGACAUGAAUGGAAAACGUGUAGUGACCACACAAGCAUGCAUUGUUGUAGAUGUCCCAGUCUCGGAUCAAACACAACAGAUAGUCACCCCCCCAAAAUCAUCCCCAACUGUUAAACAUGCAUCCUCGGACAAGAAAAAAGGGAUGGUCACUCCAACUAAGACAUCCCCAACUGUAAAAAUCUCAUCACCUGUUGAAAAUGCUCCAGUGGGAUUAAAAUUAAGGACUCUUCUUCUUGAUGCUAAUGCCACAAAUCCAGUGAUAAGUCACAUCUCUCCAUCAUCAAAUCCAUCCAAUAAACUUUUCAGUGUAAAUGAAACGGUAUCCAAGGGAGACAUAACAAUUGUAGCCGAAGUCGAAGGUCUGAAGGAUCCUUCAGCUUCACCAGAAGCUCUUAAAGAAAAAACAAAAACCCUGAGGAACCGUACUUCUUCUUCAUCAGAAGAUUUGAGAAAACCUUUAACUUCAACAGAAAUGAUAAAGAAGCUUUCUCCUACACCAGAAGCUCCGGGGAAAUCUUCAGCUGCAGCAAAAAUUCCAAAGAUGCCUUCACCAUCUGCAAAAUCUCUGAAGAACCUUUCAUCAUCAACAGAGCCAACAUCCAAAGAGCCUCAUGUUAUGACAUUGAAAGAGCUUCUCCAGGUGGGAAACUUAGAUAAACGAGUGUCAGCUAAAGUCCUGCCAAGCACUCUUAGUAAUUUAAAAUCAAACCACCAGUCGAACUCUUUUGUAUUGCAUGGGAAUAUCUCUCAACUGGCUGAACAUGUUUUGUUGAUGACUAUGCCAGGAGACUUGAAAACUUCUGUAUCAGGCUCUUCAACAAAAACAGAUUCAAAACCAACUGUAACAAAAGAUUCCCUUGUUACCAGAAAAUAUAAACCAGAUCGAGUUAAAGAGAAGAUAAAAAGGUACACUCCAGAGGAACUAGAGAAGCAUAAUAUUGAUCCAAAGUACUUGAAAACACUGUUCCACAGUUUGUCCCCUUUGGAACCACAACAGUCGCAGUUUGUGAAGGGUAUAACAGAAAAAGGUCCCAAUGAGCAAAUGGAGAUGUCUACGCAUACUGCACAUCCUUCAGUUUUGUCACAUCAUCAACAUGAAGAGAAACAACCAACAGUAACACAGUCUCCUGAACUACUAAGGUAUCUCUGUAGUCCCACGCCUAGUAUAUCAAAUUCGCUAAGUCAGUCACCUCAAUCCGCAGGAAAACCUUCUCCUGUAGCAAUCCGACCUAAGUUUGGGAGUAACAAUCCUGCCCUUCAUACCAGUCCUGUUCCGUUCCAGCCCCAACAGAUGGUUGUUAUGGCACCAAAUGUUCCCCCUGUUGGGGGAAUGCCAUUAGCAAUGACAAAUGAUGGAAUUAAACGACAGACUUUGACGACACGGAUGGGUGAUGGUGUUGGUAGGGUUGGAGUGCAGGGGUUACCAAUAGUGAAUUCAGGUGUGCAAGGAUUACCAGUGGCGAAUGCAGGAAAUCCGUCCUACAUGGUUGUCAAUCCUUCAGAGCUUCCAGUGAUGGUAGUCAAGAAUAAUGGUAAAAUGGAGAGAAACGUUGUAGUCACAAGGGCCCUGCAAAUGCAGCCUACAUCUUUGAGCCACAGUCCUGUUAAAUUAAUCGUUGAUAUGAAAAACCAUGUAUCUGCUACAGUGCGCCAUAUGCCCAUGAAUGAAACUCUGCCAGUCGUAGCCGAUAAAAGUGGCUUUCAGUUCCCAGUACAGCCUGCGAUGACACUCCCACCACAGGCCAGCAAUCAUAUCCCUGGCUACCAGGUGCCAGUACUUGCACCCAUUAUUCACAAUCCUCAAGGUUUUGGAGGGUUUCAACCACCAGUGAUAUCGACAAAUGUCAUGUCUUCUUUCCAGAGGGCAGUUGACCAGGAAGCUGCAAGACAGAGUAGUUUAUUCCUGACAAGCCCACAAAAGCAUCAAAUGCAGCUGCCGAAUUCCCCAGUUAGGUCUGUCUCGCAUGGUGUGGAAAAUGUAGCUGUGGGUGGGAACAAAUCACCAAUUGCAGCGCUGUUCCCGACGACGUCUCAAGCAGAAUUGAUACAGGCAUAUCAUGAUGCAGGAAUUCCAUACCCGUCACUGCCGCAAGAGCCGCCAGGUGGAUUACUGCCGAGGGUUGAGAUUCAACAGCAUCAAGUGCCACAAGCCAUUGUUUCUCAACAGAGUGCUGUUCAACUUGUAUCUACUGCAGGAGCUGUACCCUUGUCUGUACUUGAAGGUGUUGCAACACAGAGUCAGGCAUACCUGUCUAAUCAUUUCCAACAGAAUCCAUCCAGAAAUGUUGCAGAAAACAUUCCAUCAUCAGGUACUGUGAAUGCUUUAGGCCAACAGGGUGUUUCAUUAGGUGUUCGUAUGAGUGUUCAACCAUGUAUUCAAGGAAUUCCAAUGGGACUGCAACAAAGUGCUCCGCAGAAUGUUCAAGGUAUUCAAAUAGGUGUACAACAAAAUGUUCAGAUGGAUGUUCAGCAGAAUGAUCAAGGUGUUUCCCAAUGUAUCCAAGGUGUUCCACAAAAUGUUCAGGGCAUUCAGAUGGGUGCUCAGCAAGCUGGUGUCCCAGCUUUUUGUACAGGAAUGAGCAAUCAGAUGAUCAACAAAACACCUCCACUGUCAUCUCAGAACACAUGGGAUGAUCUGAUCAGAGUUAUGCAAAGUCCUGUUAAUAUAAACAAGCAGCAGAAACUGACUUCUCCAAACGACAUCAUUGCACAAGCAAUGGUGACUGCAUCAAAUGCGUCACGAUCUUCUUCAACGUUAAGCAAUUUUCAUACAAGCCAGUCCUUACAAACACAGGCACUGCCAUAUUCUACCUCAUCCCUCACUAGCACUGGGGUUUUAACAAAAGGUAUGUAUCCCAUGCCCUCUACUAGUAAACCUUCAUACCUUGAUGAGUUGUUGAUAGCACAGAACACAAGCAACCUCGCCAGCGGAGUUGACUCUGUUAAGAAGACGUACAAUCCGCCAAACAAUACGCAGCUACAGUUUCAUGCACCCCAAGGGGUUUAUUCUAUACACUCAUCUAUGUCCAACCACGCUGACAUUGGCACUGGAUUAUACACAGACGCAACAAAAGGCACAGUUUCUUCGUUAACUAUAGCCAACCAACAAUCGCAGCCUCAUGCUCUGCUUGCUAUACCCACUAGCAAAGUGAGUUCGUCAGCCAAUCUGGGUGCUUCUGCGGCACUGAGGAAUAUCGUCCAACAGAAAAAUCUUGAUGGAGUGUACAUGUCGUCUGGAACAAUGUUACGUCCACUUAUGGUGAACACCCAGAGUCAGCACAUGAUGCCGUCCAUCCCGCUUUCGCUUCCGACGCUUCCAGUGUCAUCCCUCGUUACCAGCUCAGUGUCGGCGCCAAUUGUCACAAGUUCAAUGAACCCAGUGACUCAGCUAGCGAACAUCCUCUCUGAAGCCGGGAUGCAAAGCUUAAGCAAAUUGACGCCAGAUGAAUUGACGUAUCUUCACCAGGCUCUGAGUUCAGAUGCGUCAACCAUCAAUAUUGAUAUGGUGUCGGCGAGACUUCUAGGGACUAACUCGAAGAAGAGAAAACCUCCAACUAUUAUGAACAAAUCAAAAAGAACUAAGCUAAUCAAACAUUCUCCGAGCAGCUUAACGGAAUCAAACCAUACAAUCAGAAAGGAUAUGACAACUAUUCACACUAGUCCUGAACGAAUAUGCGCUCCUUCACCAUCUAAACCGAAGACCAAACCGCGAAUAAAGAAUCCUGGUGGCAGCGCUAGUAGUCGGCCGCGAAUGAAACACCCAACUUUCCAAGCAAGCGAUUUGCCACAGAUAAACAUAGCCAAUGCUAGCUGGGAGAAGGCAUUUGAACAACGAAUUAAGAACCCUGAAUUGUCUGUUUAUAAUCUUCUGAGGGAGCCCUCAGUGUUAAAAGACAGUCGAGGAAGCAGUGCAGCGAGUGCAAGCGAGACAGAGCAGCCAAAGAAAAAGAAGAGAAGGAAAGAAAAGUUACAAGCCAGAGAUAGUGAUGAGAACUAUAUGCAAGAAAGUGCUGGUUUGAUUAGACCAAGACGCCAGAAACCAAGACAACAGUUAUUAAAUCACAAUGACAAUGAACAAGCGAGCGAAGAGGACAAUUCAGUGCUGCUGAAGUUGAUGGAGCAGGAAGAGAAGCGUAAAAAGAAGGAGAAGCUUCUGAAUAAAGAUGAUCCAAGAAGAAUUCACUUCGUUUUAAAAUGCCCUCUGUAUGAAAACUUUGAAAACAAUAUUUAUCCUCAUGGUCAUAUACUUAUCCAACAUUAG